UAAUGAAAUAAGAAUCGUGGGAUGAUUUACAUUUAUCUAAUGAAAAAUCUAUUACUAAAAUUUUAGAGGCUGGAGAGUAAGUAUUAUUUUCAAGUCUACUCUAUAAAUUCAAUGAAGUCAAUAAACGAUAAGAGAGAACAUUACUAAUUACAAGCCAUAACCUAUAUAAUCUAUCAAAAUUGACAGUGAAAAGAAAAAUACCUAUCAAAAGAGUUUAUGGAAUUACUAUAGGUUUAAUUGGUACAGAAUUUGUAGUGCAUGUACCUGAAGAAUAUGAUUAUAGAUACUCAAGUUCAGAGAGAAGAGAUUAAGCAGUAUUAAGCAUCAUUAGGGCUUAUUGUUUAUAACAUAAAGGUACUGCAUUACCAGUCUUCUACAAAGAUGAACUUACACUAACUGCAUAUACAACAACAAAAGUUGAUAAAAAAAAAGGAAUUAAUAGAUUACCAACCACUGGUUCUGAAUUAAUGAAUGAAGAGUAGUUUAGAAAGAGAAUAGAUUCAUAAAUUGAAGAAAGAUUAUAAACAAGAGCAAAGACUUCAACAUUAUAUGCAAAAUAGAAAGGUGAAGUAGUAACAAUAGAUGAUUUUGAUUUAAUAAAAGUUUUGGGAAGAGGAGCAUAUGGAAAAGUGAUGUUAGUUGAAAAGAAAAGUGAUAAAUAAUAUUAUGCUAUGAAAUCAAUUAGAAAAGAAGAUAUUGCUGAUCCAGAAUAAUUAGAACACACUAAAACAGAAAGAUUAGUCUUAGAACAUGUUAAUCAUCCAUUCCUUGUAAAUUUACAUUGGGCAUUUUAAACACCUGAAAAAUUAUUCUUUGUUACUUAAUUUAUGAAAGGUGGAGAAUUAUUUUAACAUUUGAAACAUGUAAAAAGAUUUGAUGAAAGCAGAACAAGAUUUUAUGUUUCAGAAAUUGUAAAUUAUUACCUUUAUUAUCAUUUUAGAUAUUAGCAUUAGAACAUUUACAUUAAAAAAAUAUUAUAUAUAGAGAUUUAAAACCAGAAAAUGUUUUAUUAGAUGAAAUAGGUCAUAUUUGUUUAACAGAUUUUGGAAUGGCUAAAAUGCUUAAAAAAAAUGAACUUGCUAAAUCAUUCUGUGGAACUCCUGAAUAUCUAGCACCAGAAAUACUUCUUGAAACUGGACAUUCUUAAUCUGCAGAUUGGUGGGCAUUAGGUAUACUAACAUAUGAAAUGCUAUAUGCAUUACCUCCAUUUUAUAAUAAAAAUUAAGAUUUGAUGUUUAAAUAAAUCUAAACUAAAGAAAUUACAUUUCCAACUACACCACAAUUAUCUAAUGAAGCUAAAGAUUUUAUUUCUAAAGUAAAUAUAUCUUAUUAAUUUAGUUAACAAUUAAAGAUCCAAAGUUAAGAUUAGGAACAGCUAAAAUAGAUGAAGUGAAAAAUCAUCCAUGGUUUAAAGGAAUUAAUUGGGAAAAACUCUUAAAAAAAGAAAUAGAUACACCUUUCAAACCAUAAAUAUAAGGUGAUGCUUGGAUUGAUAAUUUCGAUAAACAAUUUACAGCAGAAGAAGCCAUCAAUUCAUAUGCCCCUGAAAAUAAUUUAGUCAAUUAAGAUGAAUUUAGAGAAUUUGACUAUUAUUAAAAAUGAAA